AAUUAUUGGCAUCAAGAGUUAUUAGUUAACAUAUAUGUGGCGAUUGUUUAUAUAUUAUUUAUAUAUAUUUAUUAUUUUAAUUUUAAAUAAUAUAGAUUUAACAGAUGUAUUACAUAAUAUGCAUAGGAGAAUCUACUUGACAUUAUAUUAAGUUACAUUAAUUUUUGAAUAUAUUUUUGAAUUGGUAUUAUUCAAAAUUAAAAAAAAAACAUAUAUGUAUAUACAAUUACUAUCAUAGUAUCCAACAGCUUUACCCUACGACUUCGUGUUCUGUUGAUUAAUUGAAUAUACGAUACGGAUGAAAGUAGAAUUACAUGGAAGAUUCAGCAAGCGGGCUAAUCUGAUAUACACAGCAGGCAACGUACGAUAAGCCAUGAUCGAAACCGCCCCCAAACGCGUAUGGUAAUCCAACUUGGUUUCAACUACGCCAUGAACAUAUUCGAGCGAAGAUCAGUGCUGUUACAUCAGCGUUCCUUGAGACGACGUGAGGUAUCCAAGAGAACGAGAAAAGUGACGACGAAGAAAAAAACUGUUGGGAAAACGUACAACGGAUUGCAGCAUCUUCCCAAUGAUGAUUUUUUAUUUGGUGACAAUAAAAGGACUUCAAAACGAACUCGACGUAAACGCACGACCGGAGAUAGAGGAUGGGAGAUUCAUCAAGUCACCGUUACCAGAGUCCCAGGAUAUGGUUUUGGAAUCGCUGUAUCUGGUGGUCGUGAUAAUCCACAUUUUACCAAUGGUGACCCAGCUAUUGCAAUCUCCGACGUUUUGAAGGCCGGACCUGCGGAAGGAAAGUUGCAGGUAAACGAUCGCAUCAUUUCCGCAAACGGAGUAUCGUUAGAAGGUGCCGAUUAUGGAGCAGCUGUCCGAGUUCUUCGAGACUCUGGAUCGACCGUUUUAUUGGUCGUUAAACGGAGAGCUUCGUCGAACUCAUCAACUUGCCCAGGCAAUUCUGCUCCACAAACUCAUCGACUUACGCUCACGCGAAAUAAUAAAAAAGAUGAUUUUGGAAUUGUAUUGGGUUGUCGAUUAUACGUGAAAGAGGUGACUCGAGAAAAUAUUGGUGUUAAGCCUGGCGAUGUCCUAACGCGAAUAAGUGGUAUUGCCGCUGAUAAUAUGAGCCUAAAGGAAGCAAGAAAGCUAAUGGAUCAAUGUAAGGAUCGAUUGUCCAUUGUAAUUACCAGAGAUUCUUCGUGUUGUCAAGUUCAACAACAAGUUAAGACUGAUAGCGGCGAGUAUUUAUCCGGUGCGAGCUAUAGCAGUCAAAACUUGUAUGUUCCACCACCAACGAGACAACCAUUGGAAGAUAAAAGUAAUUUGGUUCCAAGAGGACGUUCAAGAGGUCCUUUAAUGGACGUUUCUUUGAGUCAAUUGGAUUUACCAGCGACACCAACGGUAGAUCCACCUAGGCCACCUCCGCCAAGACCCGAAGAUUAUUAUAGUUCGCGAAGACAGAUGUAUGACGAGGAUUCUAUUACACAGCGAACGAAACAACCAAUGCCGGAUCCUCGAUUCAUUACUUUCCAAAAAGAAGGUUCGGUAGGGGUCCGAUUGUGCGGAGGAAAUGAAACUGGCGUUUUUGUAACGGCGGUUCAAGCUGGAAGUCCGGCUUCUCUUCAAGGUCUUCAACCGGGUGAUAAAAUUUUAAAGGUAAAUGACAUGGAUAUGAAAGGUGUAACCAGAGAGGAAGCGGUACUAUUUCUUCUUAGUCUUCAAGAGCAAAUCGAUCUGAUCGUGCAGCAUCGACGUCAGGAAUACGAUCAAAUAGUUGCGUCUGGUAGAGGUGAUUCGUUUCACAUCAAGACACAUUUUCAUUACGAACAACCUGAAAAGGGAGAGAUGAGCUUUCGCAGUGGCGAUGUCUUUCAUGUAGUAGACACUCUUCAUAACGGAGUCGUAGGUUCUUGGCAGGUAUUCCGAAUUGGUAGAAACAACCAAGAAGUACAGAAAGGUAUUAUUCCAAACAAAGCACGCGCCGAAGAACUUGCUACUGCACAAUUCAAUGCCACGAAGAAGGAACUAAGUGCUAGCGAGAGUAGAGGUAGCUUCUUUAGGAGAAGAAGAAGUAGUCAUAGACGUUCAAAAUCUCUGGGAAGGGAUCAUUGGGACGAUGUGGUAUUCUCCGACAGUGUCAGUAAAUUUCCAGCUUAUGAACGAGUCAUUCUUCGACAUCCUGGGUUUGUUAGACCGGUUGUACUUUUUGGUCCUGUCGCAGAUCUUGGUAGAGAAAAAUUACUUAAGGAUUUUCCCGACAAAUUUACUUCCCCACAAAUGGAAAGUCAAAUGGAAGAGAGCGGUAAUAAAAAUACAAAAUCAUCGGGUAUAAUUCGUUUGAGUGCCAUCAGAGAAGUAAUGGACAGAGGAAAACAUGCUCUAUUGGAUAUUACUCCGAAUGCUGUAGAUCGGUUAAAUUAUGCCCAGUUUUAUCCCAUUGUGAUAUUUUUAAAAGCUGAAACAAAACAAGUUAUUAAGGAAAUGAGAGCAGGUAUUCCCAAAUCAGCGCACAAAAGUAGCAAAAAGCUUUUAGAACAAUGUCAGAAGUUGGAUAAAAUUUGGGGACAUAUAUUUAGCGCUGUUAUCACACUGACGACUCCUGAAGCUUGGUAUCGAAAACUUAGAGAAUUGAUAGAUCGUCAGCAACAGGGAUCGUUAUGGAUGAGCCAAACAAAGCCGGAAGAAGCCCUCUCGGAUGACUUCCUAUUCCCGAUGACUUCUCGCCUCUCCUACGCUUCCUCUCCGGAGAGUGAUCUGGAAUUAAGCCCUGCACCUGCGCUUCCUGGGACAUUGGGUCCACCUAUACGCUUGAAGAGUAGUUCAGAUCCAAGUAUUGCUACGCAAGAUGAUACAACCGCACCUCCUCCAUAUUCUACAAAUUAUCAACAAUCUUUUGAACAACAUAAAAGAAGAUCACAAGGAGGUGCUGGAGAUAGCAAAUAUGGUUUCUCUUUAUCAGGACAAACAAGUAAUCAAUCUGGUUCUCCUGAAUAUCUUGGUACUUCAUUCGAACCUAGAUCUCCACAUCAUAGUCCUCCGGAUCUACCACCCCGGAUCGAUCGAAAUAUUAAACCAACAAAUCAAACGACACGAGGGACGGUGCGUUCGACGCAAGAAAGGCUCAUUAACAAAACUGAUUCUGUCUUGGACGUUGGAAACUAUAUAAAUGCAUCGCCUCAUAAAGUAAAUGCUACGUCAUCUCUUGAAAGGACACAAACAAAAACAGGAAGUUAUGAUAGUAUGUCUUCAUAUGACUCAUAUAAUAAUAAUACUAAUGGGAAUUCAAGUUAUGCUGGUGUGAAUCUUAACACAUCGACGAAUCGUCUAGGCCCCAAUGUACCUGAUGAUUUAAAAAGUAGUGGGAUGUCAGCUAGAGCUCAUGAUCCAUAUAGAUUUACAAGAUCUACAGCUCAACCUGUAGCUACACAAGAACCUCAAGCUACUAGAACAGAUUAUGCCAAAUAUAGGACCACAGACUAUAAACCAAUAUCAAUUCCACAAAAUAAGCCAGGAGGAUCAUACAAACCUAUACCACCGCCAAAGCCCAAGAAUUACAGGCCACCACAAACAACUUUAGUAGGAGAUGAAAAUAGUGGAAAUAAUGGCAAUAAUGGAAACAAUGGAAACAAUGGGAACAAUGGAAACAAUGCUUAUCAGCACACGAAAAGUUAUUCUAUUGCCACUUCACACGUGCAUAAUGGAGUAGAAAAUAAUAGCAACGUUAGACGCAACAACAGUCAGUAUUAUUAUAAUAUUCCACCUCCCACUCGUCAUAACGAAAAUAACCCAGUAAAUUCGCAUCAUAAUCACAGCCACAUAACUCCGCCAAUACAUAGUCAUAGCCUGAGUCAUACUCAUCCUCACUCUAGUCCUCCUGUGACUUCUCAUUCUCAUUCAAAUAGUGCUGGUCAGAUCAAUCUUAAUUCCACGCAUAAUCGGAACAACAUCAAUCAUAAUGGUUUCAAUCAUAAUAACAGUCAUGGAAGUGGAAGUCAAACUUAUGCUUCUGGAAAUUCUACUCACAAUAGAGAACCUAAUGGUUUAGAUUUAGCUGGAAGCAGGGAACAAAGAGGUAGUGCCUUUGAACUUUAUCGGAAACCCGUACAUCAUUAUAAUAUUAGGUAAACUACAGUAUAGAUUUUUAAUAUCUACUGUAAUUCACUGAAAUUCUAAUUUUUGUUCCCAUAUAAUAGAUAAAUAUAAAUUGUACCGUUAUAAAUAAUAAUAAUUACAAGAAUCACACAAUGAUAUAAAUGUAGAAAACCAUCUGCCUUAAAACUACCUCUGUAUAAAGAUUGGCGAAAAAAUAGUUAGCUAUGUAUUUUAUAUACACUUGGUUUACAUAAUAUGUAAUAAACUAUAGAUUAAAGUAUGGUGCGAUAGUGUCUGCUUUGAUAGAUAAUUGAAAAUCGAUUUGUAUUUUAUUAUAAUGUACGGAAUAAUGGAAUAUUUCAAAUGAUAAUGUCUAUCACAUUGAUUGUUAUUGCAUUUAAAUGAUAAACUAAUUAUAUAUGAAAAACUAUGACAUGUGAUAUAAUUAAAAUAACAUCGAGAGACAGAUAAUCAUUAUACUCUAUGUACACAAGUUUUAUAUGUUUAUUUAUUUUGAAUCUAAAAUUCAAGAUGAAAAAUCAUAUAUAUUCUUCCAAAGAGAAAUCAGUUUUUCUUAUGAUAAAAUAUACAAACUGAAAUAAUGAAGUAAUUAUCUCUUAUAUGGAUCAUCAUUUUUAUAAUAUAUUGAAUGAUCGCAUAAAUAUAUAUUGUUGUAUUCAAAAAUUAUAGAUAAAUAAAACCAUUAAAAUUUAUAAGAUUAGAGAAAAAAAAUAAACCAAAAAUUAAUUAUUCUCCGACAAGUAUUAAAAUGAUUUAUUCUGUUUAGAUGUUUAAAUUGAUAAAAAACAAUUGUAUUACAUAGUGUCGAUAAUAACUGGCCACUAAUAUCAGCUGAUAAUUGCUGACAUUGUAUUGUUUCUUUUAUAUUUGAAAGAGAAUUGAUUAAAUCAGAAAUAACGAAUUCGAUACAACCCCUGACUGUUCCCAUCUAUUUAGUAGUUCUCUUAUAGAAAUGUACUAUUUUCGCAACAAUAACUUCUUUCUCCUUUCGUAAAUAAAUUCUAUUUUAAUAUUUA